AUGGAGUCCGUGCUGACCGCUGGCAUCGCGAUGGCGGAGGCGCUGCAGAACCAGCUGCCCUGGCUGGAGCCAGUGUGGCUCUGGGUUACGUUUCUGGGCGAUCCCAAGAGCCUCUUCCUGUUCUACUUCCCCGCGGCCUACUAUGCCUCUCGCCGCGUGGGCAUCGCAGUGCUCUGGAUCUGCCUCAUCACCGAGUGGCUCAACCUGGUCUUCAAGUGGCUCCUUUUCGGAGAAAGGCCAUUUUGGUGGGUCCAUGAGUCUGGGUACUACCGCCAUGCUCCAGUCCAGGUCCACCAGUUCCCCUCUUCUUGUGAAACUGGUCCAGGCAGCCCCUCUGGACACUGCAUGAUCACAGGAGCAGCCCUCUGGCCCCUAAUGACAGCCAUCUCUUCCGAGAUGGCCGCUCGGGUCCACAGCCGCUGGGUGAGGGUGAUGCCGAUCCUGGCUUAUUGCACCUUCCUACUGGCCAUCGGUCUGUCCCGAAUCUUCCUCUUGGCACAUUUCCCUCACCAGGUGCUGGCCGGCCUGAUAACUGGUGCUGCCCUGGGCUGGCUGAUGACCCCCCGGGUGCCUGCACAGCGGGAGCUAAGCUUCUACGGGUUGACCUCUCUGGCCCUCUUGCUGGGAGCCAGCCUCAUCUAUUGGAUCCUCUUUUCACUGGGCCUGGAUCUUUCAUGGUCCAUCAGCCUAGCCACGAAGUGGUGUGAGCGGCCUGAGUGGCUGCACUUGGACAGCCGGCCCUUUGCCUCUCUGAGCCGCGACUCAGGGGCCGUCCUGGGUCUGGGCAUCGCCCUCCACUCCCCCUGCUAUGCCCCAGUACGGCGAGCACACCUGAGCAAGGGACAGAAGAUCGCCUGCCUCGUGUUGGCCAUGGGGCUGCUGGGCCCCAUGAAUUGGCUGGGCUACCCACCUCAGAUCAGCCUUUUCUACAUCUUCAAUUUCCUCAAAUUCACCCUCUGGCCAUGCUUGGUCCUGGCCCUCGUGCCCUGGGUAGUGCUCACAUUCAGUGCCCAGGAAGCACCACUCAUCCGCUCUUCCUAA